AUGGCUGGAAGAAGUUGGCAAUCUUCCUUCACCAAUCUGCUAUACAACCGCUACAAAGUCACAUCCGUCGCCGCCGGCUUGUGGUGGGGGCGCCGCCGCCGUCUGCCGCCCUUUGGACCCCCUGCGGCGGCGGAAGGCCUGCGGUUCAUCAGCAACAGGUGCAACCAACCCAAUUCAUAUUAUGGCGGAAUGACAGUUCCUAACUCUUCAUCUUCAUCUUCAUCUUCAUCUUCAUCUUCAUCAGGCUUUUCUAACAGGAUAAAGAAGUGGAUUUUGGGGUCAUUAAUAUCAGCAGUUCUGAUGAUACCUUUCUGGAACCAAAAAUUUCGCACAUUGGAAGGUAAGGCAGAAAUGGUGUUGGAAGAGGUGGAAGCGGCGGCGGAAGUGGCGGAGACGGUGUCAGCCACGGCGGAGAAGGCUCUGGCGGAGGUGGCGGAACAGCUUCCGGACAAGAGCAGGCUUAAGGAAGCAGCUCAAGUUUUGGAGCACGUGUCCCACGUGGCUGCCCAAGAUGCCCACCUCCUUCAAAAUGUUAUCCACAAGGUGGGUGAAGUGAAGCAUGAUUUAGAAGAUUUGGAGUCGAUGGUUGUUAAUGUUGAACCCAUUUUUCACAAUGCCCCAACUAAAAUAAAUCAAUCAUCCCCAAAUUCGUCAUGUAAUUAAAUAAAACUAUUCUAAUUUCAAAAUACUGCUAUUUUUCGAAUGUAUUUUUAAUCAAUUAUACGUAACAGUCAAAAUCAAGUAUCAUAAAAUUUAAAUUCGUAGAUCAAACGGUGAGGCAUCCCUCACUUGAGGAUUGAGUCACAGCCAAUAUAUUCCAUCAAUAUUGAUUUCAAAAGGAGAAACAAUUUUUAGUGUUGAAGUCUUGAGAGAUGAAAGGAAAUUUCUUUCUUUCAAUGUAACAAUUAAAUACUCAAUUACUUUUAAAAAAAAAAUUAAAAAUUUCAAAAACAAGCCUAGAUUAUUUAUUUUGGUGACUUUCAACUAAAAAAAAAAAAUAUAUGUAUAGAUAGAUAAAUAGAGUGUAUUUGAUUAUAAAUCUUUUGAAUAUUUCUAGUAUAGUUUUUGCAAAAAAAAAAUUCUAUAAAAAUCUCGGCUACUCUUUGGCACCAUAUUUUGUUCCCCUAUCGCUUCAUCGAUGACUUGAGGAGAUAUCGUAUUAAAAAAAAAAAAAAAAAAAAAAAAAAA